GUUGAUACAGAAACAAUGUCACAUGUCUUCAUCAUGUUUUUUUUUGGAGGAACACUUACAACCAAGGCUCCUGUUAUAACAACUAAAACUACAACCUCGACGACAACACCAUCGCCAAAUUCACCAAUUCGUUGCUACACAUGCGGUGAUGGACAAGGUCAUAGUGUCGCACAACCGCACCAAUGUGUAACACAGGAGUAUUGCCAGCCAAAUGAGAUGUGUUAUGUGACAGAAAACGUUGUAGGAGGACAUAGUUCGUUUACUUACGGGUGUAGAUCAAAACUGAUGUGCCGUUAUGGUAUGAAACUUCAAUAUGAUCAUUACAAGCUGUGUGUACUUAACGUCACACAACCAGACUAUGGUUUGUCAUGGAACGCUGUUUGUGGAUCUGCUAAGAAGAGAUCGACAGAAACGUGUAACUCUUGCUGUGGUGAUAGUGGAUGUAACCACGGGUCAUGCAAAUACCAGAAUACCCACCUUUUCACUCUAGCAUAUUACGGUCGUGUUGACAUGACAACACUUAAAGUCAUUCACUAAUUUACCAUGUAAAUUGACUGAAAUAAAACAAUAUGUACCUAGA